AAAGCAAAAUGACAUGACCCAGAACAAAGAGAGCUCCAAUAGUAUUGGCUAAAUAAUUGAGAAAACGCACGUAAACUAGUCUUUCAAAUUGCCCUUUGCACCUUAACGUUUUAUGGUAAGAUAUUUCAUGCCCGUUUUUGGCAUCAGCUGCGACACGUCACGGCAUUGUUUGCGCAACGUUGCGUCAGUGUUGCGGUGAGUUCAGUGCUUAUUUUGAGCACUGAUGUAAACUCCUACGUGUCGGAUGCCCCCGGAUAAGCUUGCUUCAAUUUAUGCCAAACCAUUUAAAGUGUGUCAGUAGCGGAUGCCGUCACGAAGAUGACUUUUAUUUCUCAGACGAACUUCAUUGUGGAGCUACGUCGUUCUAACGGCUGAAAAAGCCAUCUGUUUUAGAUAUUCAAAACCAACCAACCAGCUCGGGAAGGGGAGUAAAGAAUUCAACGGUUCAAUUAGCAAACAAACGACUUACUAAUUUUUUGUGUUAAACCCUUUCACGACGCGACCAAGCGACAGAACAGCAAGGUGUCGCUUUACCAGCAUUCGUGGCAAAGUGUUAAGGCCACCCGCGUCCGUGUGAUAAAAGAGCUUCUCCACGAUUUCGGUGUGUCACGUAGCGUCAUCAAACGUUCUUUUUCGGUUGCUCUUUAGAUCUCGUACAGCUAGUAAAAAUGGCAUCCAAGUACCUUAUUUUACCUAGUGACGUUUUGUAAGGGUCAAUUGUAGUGGCAGUGGCAAGAGUUGGUGAAUAACUAGAAGCUGGCAUUUAGUGCAAAUAGUGAACUGUUUGUAACAGAAUCUAGCGAACAAAAAAAAGAACACAAUGAACGUACUGUGUUGAACAGAGUGGAGCAGAGUGUUCUUAACGGAAUUUACCUGCACCAUAUCAGGUCAUGUUUCAAAGCCGAUCUGCUGUAAUCGAGGAGUAUUUAUCCCCUGCCAAAGAAGUGUGUGAGUUUGUAAGAACAUUUCGGUUUUAAGCCCGAUAUCGGUGUGUUUACAGCUUGAUGUUAGUCCGGGUGUCCGGGUCGAAUUGGUCCAGUGUCUAGGCCAUGGUGUGGUGUAAUGCAGUGAACAAUGCGCGAACCGAUAGCAACCGCACCAGCGCUGACAGCCGGAACCGCGGCCACAAUGUUUGGCAUAACGAAUGCCCAGAUAGUGCAGUCGUUUAACGGGUUGCCGCCACUGCAGGGCGAUUGUCCACCGGCCGGCGGACAGCCGUGCAUCGUGCGUACGGUAAGCCGGGCCUCAUCGAUUGGCGGUGCUGGGACACUGCGUUCGCUGAAGUCGAUCGGAGGUAGCGGUGCCAGCAGCCCCGUUACGAGCGUCAAGCGGAACAGCUCUAGCUCGAGCUUUAGUAGCAGCAGCGAACGGCGCAGCGUCUUCUAUACGGAUCCCGAGCAGAGCAGUACGACGGAAGCGGUGGAAAAGUAUGAUGUGAUGACGAACGAUGAUAGCUGUUACACGUCAGACGCCUGCAACGCUGCAAUGGGCGACACCGGUUCCGAUGGCGUUGAAGUCAGACGACAGCGAAUUUUGCAGAAGAAUGAACGAGUCGAACCGAAGGACGACAGUGCGCUGCGACGGCUUGACAAUGGGCAGGUACGGCGCAAGCAGCGUCCCAGCAGCAGCGUGCUGGAUGGAGUAAUCGGUCCGAAAACUCACCUGAAGCUAGUCAGCCAGGAGCUGGAAUGGGAGCGGAAGUUCCGUGACGAUCAGCUGUCCCGCAUACUGAAGGCACUGAUUGCCUUCGAAACGCGGCUAAAGAACGAGCAGAGUCGCAUUAAGCAGCAGCUGUACGAGAAGGAUGACGUUAUCAAUCGGCAGAACUGUACGAUUAAUCGCAUGAAGCGGAAGCUGGCAGCCGACGAACCGAACGGUGGCAGUGAUGGUGAGGAGGUGAACACUGAAGCGACCAUCGACGAAGUGGGCCAGUAUUGUCCGAAGUGCCGCAAAAACUAUUACCGGCUGGAGUGUCGAACCAGCGGCACGCAAACAUUCGAGUACUGCCGUGACGAUGGGGCGGAGAGUGUCAAUACAGAAAACUUAUCCCUGAACAGCGUGGAGUAUGCUUCAUCGAGCGAAGAGCAGGAAUCGUCGCUGUACGUGAGGGCCAACUCGUUCAAGGAUGCCCGGCGCAGUCGGAAGUACACGAGCAAGCGGUCCUACCAGGGCUACCAGCGAGGACCGUCACGAGCGAGCAGCUUUAAGAGUAACGCAUCGGGACCGGUUACCGGGACGCUGGCAAAGCUUGUCGAACGAAACGGGCGUACCGGUGUACGGAGGUUAAGUGGACCACGGGAGGAGGAGAGUGGCCACGAAGCGUACGUUAACAUAGAACCAAAUGCGAAUGUGCCUAAAAUAGUGAUCUACGAAAACUACGAAAGCGACAAGGAGAAUAAACGUAUGGAUCAGAACCGGCAGCAGGAGUGCAACAACUACGACAACGUGGAACCGUACUCCAACCGUAUCGACACGCUGCACGGUAUCCAGGGACGGAACGGUGGACGGUUUGUAGGCGAUGGGCAACAGCACAAGCCGCAAGAGUCGAAACAGGAGCAACACCGUACGGAUGGACACAACGAUUAUCGUUCGGUCGGGGUUAACCGGGGCGAUGGUAGCGAACAGAUGGAGCUGGACGAUGGGACCAUCUUUUACGAGGCGAAUGCGAGUGCCGGAAGUGUCAGCAAUCAGCAAAAGUACACCGAAGGGAUGGAGAUGAAGCAGACGAUUGAAACGAACGAUGACUGGUAUGCGAGUGCCAGCGAUAUGGAGGAUUCGGAUACGGCCCUUGGCAAACCGUACAGCAAUGCCGCUGUCAAUCCGGUGCUGGAAUGUGUCAAUCAGAUACUUCUUCAACAAUCGAUGGAUGGUUUUGGAGACAGCAACAAGGACACUAUCGGCGAGGGCACGGGCGAGGAGGAGCUCUACAUAAAGGCACAGCAACCUGCACCCCCACCGGCAAAGGAACCGACGGCCGUCCGGUCGAAACGAGUUCACUUUUCCACGCAAAACAGCAUGGUACAGGUGCCGAGGAUAUCGCUCCAUCCGACGACUUCACUGUCUAGCCAGGGCAGUGGUUCGGUCAACCGGAAGGAUGAGAAAGUUUCACCGACGUACGAGAUCCAGAGUAUCUACAGUAACGAAUACGAACCGAUCGGAUCGGAGCAGAACUCGUACUCGAACUAUUACGUCGACAUGGAGUCGAAGCUUGGUUCGGAGGAUCGGGAACGUGAGCAAGCGUUGGCGGAAAAGCGCAAGACACCGCCAGCGUUGCCUCCGAAGCCGGCCAAUCUAUUGAAAUUGCAACAGCUGUCCAAGGGUAAUACGCAGCAACAGCGACCGUUAGUGUCAGCGACACCGGCAAAGGGACGAAGUUCCUCCGCCCAGAGCGACAUUGCCGAAUCGGAACCCGACUAUUGUUCCAUCAGCGAGAUCCAGGAUUCGGUGAAAUGUGUUCAGAUUGUGGCAGAAAUUCACAAGGAUGCGUGCGAGGACGAUUACUCGCUAGUAGAUGAGGAAGAGAAGGAGAAACAGCAGCAGCAACAGCAACAGGAAGGUGUGACCCGGACGGAAUCGGACGACACGAGCAGCAAAAAGAGUUGCAACGAGCUGGAAGAAUCCUUUGCGGACGUACCGAAACUCCCGAACGUGGCAGAAAUAGUGCCACCGAAGAAGGAACCUCUGAACAAAUUCAUUGCCCAGGAUAACUACAUUACGAAAUCGUCCGGCAGCAGUUCCUCCAAGGCGAGUCAUUCGAGUGGGGCAGGUAUUGCAACGGGUGUAAACACGCCGAGCAAAAAGGAUGGAGAGUUCCGUGAACAGUUGUCGGAGAUCAUUGCCGAAAUCAACAAACAGUCUCCCGCUAUUCGGAAUGCAUCGAAAAAGCAAAUUCCGGUCAAGGAUCUAAGCCCGGCUUUUCGCGGGGUUAGUCAAAUACCGAGCGUUGCGUUCCAGUCAAAGUUGAAACCAGUGGAUAAGUUAAGCUUCCUUUCGAAAACUUCACCGAGCGGUAUGUCUGGAUCGAUUCCUAGCCUCGUUCACACGACACCGAAGCUAUCCAGCUCGAUCGCUCGACCGUCCAUUAAGCCGUCCAUGUUGAAGUCAUCGCUCUCGACGAAGGCCCUCUCGAGCACAAAUCUUACGCUUGGUAGCGGCGUGAAUCAGUUCGCCAGCCCAGUGAAGACGGUCUCAUACAUUCCCAACCUGAAGACGCCCAAUGUCAACAGUCCACUGGCAGGCGGAGUUACAUCUGGUAAUAGUGCUACCGGCACUACUGGAUGUUCACCACUUAAAUCGUCCUGUUCAUCGGUAAAAAAGGUAGCGAACGCUAUAAACUUAGCAAACGGAUCCGGCACAGCUUCACAGACAUCCGUAGCUUCGGUUCCAGUUAUUAUUGCGGAAGAUAGCAAACUCCCCAUACAGGCGGAAUUCGAUUGGUACAAUUUAGAUGCCGAAUAUGGGAAAUCCAACCAACCGGAUGUUAUUGUGGAAGCUGAUCCAAGUUCCAACGGAGAAGCUGAAGGAACGGGAGAUGAAGAGGAUACUGCGUCGUGUGCCGAAAGUCCUUCCAAGAAAAAGGGCCCUAAGGUGGAAUGUUCCAACGGUGUUGGGACAGUAGAGGAUCGAUCCUUAUCCACCGCGACGACCACCGAAAACGCUAGCAGUGAGUGUGAGGAAGAGCUGGAAAACGUAGAGUACAAUUUGGACGAGGAGUACAAGAGCCUGGGACCAAUCGUGCCACCACCGGACAUUAUACAGAAAAGUGUUCACCCACCGAUAACGCCUCCGAAGAAUGGGAAAAUCCCUUACAACAGCUUGUCCUUCAAGGAGUUGAUGCAGCUUAACGAAACACCCAAAUCGGGGCAGGAAACAAAGCCAAAGCCGGCCAAAACAGCCGCCGGCACGGAGAACGUACCGAGUGGAAGAAAUUACGAACACUUCCUGGACGAUUCCGGUCUCUGCUCGAAGCCCAUCAUACUGCCGAGGAAGAAGCGUGUGUACUAUUCGGGUCCGUUCGUGUGAACUGACGAGAUAGCAAGAAAAUGUUUAAGCAAUUGAUAGGAUCAUGGUUCCCGGUAAUAGUUUAUUUGUUGUUCGAUUUGUAGGUAAAAUGUCUGCUUUUGUAUGUUUCCUCCUAGGGCACGGUGAGCCUGAUAACUGAGAAGCGGCAGAUUAGAAUGUUUUAACAUCUUACACUGAACCGUUUACAUAAGAAACAACAUCCCCAGUGCAUUAUAAAGUGAGUAGCUAGGAGCCUAGGGAACUUAACGUCUCUGACACUACACUAGAAAGGUGUACUGUGCCAACAUUGAGUACUCUGGUUGUAUAUUUGCCAAACGUUGAAUGAUAAGUAUGUCGGAUAGAUCGUUUCCUUUUCCUGGCGAAAAGGUUUAAUGCUCGCUUCUGGUAGUGUUUGUCCGUUCCUUUUUUUAUUGGCACAUAGUCAUAAAUGAGUUUGCAAAGUCGAUUCAUUCAACAGUUAAUCAAAUUGCAUACCGGUGGUUCAGCUAUCCUAGGCACGGUGAUGGAAUUGAGUACCCAAGUCACGUCGUAUCGUUCACCGGUCGUCACUCCGUAAUCGGAUGGCGUUAAUUAGAUCAAGUCCGCUUGGAGUCCGCCGUGGAUGGAGGAUGCUUUCGCCAUCGUUUAUGCAAAUGCCGGUCAGGCACGAACAUUGGACAGCUCCCACAUUAAAUGGUCGUCCCACCGGUCGGUUUGUUCACCCCUGGUGCAUUGGGUUGGGAUUAUAAAUGUUGGACGCUUCUGUAUUUGUUGGUGUGCCAUUCCCAGCGAAUGCAAUCGGUUGUAAUACGGUUAAAAUAUUGAUGAUGCACCAAUGUAAAAUGGAACGAUUGUGACGAACGAACUGAUUGCAUACGUGCUGAAUUAUUAACGCAAUCAUUUAUCAUGCAAAUAACGCAACUUUGGAGGAACUGCGAAAAAAAAUGGUAACAGUGUAGCAAACUUUAAAAAGCACGUCAUCAUUUAAGGAAAGGAAUUCUGUGAGUUUAAUGUGUGUUCAAGGAUGUUUGUGUGGGAGAGAAAAUAUUUACAAGCAAUUAGACAUAAAUUCGAGCAUAUGAGUUAUGCGAUUAAUUCGCCUCACCGUUUAGCAUAGUUACAGCGAACUCGUACUCGUAUCCCGGAACGGUGGAAGUGUAUAAAUGUCUAGCAAAUAGUGUAAAUUGAACAGUAAUAGCAGUGGAAAUUGCAUACUUUCCCACCUCUUACCCAGUCGUAUGCUGGCCAACAUUUAUGUUCGAUGCAGUUAGUUUAGCACAAUCUACCAACAAACCUAACGUUGAAAUAAUUGUAACAAUCAACCGUUUAUAUUCAUUGCAAUUCGAAGCGCGUGAAGCAGUGGGAGCAAAAAGCCAACAAAACGGAAAUAAAUUCUGCAAGAAGGAAAUAUUAUUUAUUCGCUUACGUGAAACGUGUGUGUUUGACUUUCGAUUUGCGCUUGUUACAACUAUACAUUCGAAACCAACAAAAAAAGAAAGAUUGUUUUAUGCUCUUACUAACCCUGCGUGAUGUUACUGCCAAUGCCGGGAAAGUUGCACCAAAGUUGAAUUUAAUGUAUUCCACAUACUAGAGGGCUCAUUCUGAGUAACAAACGGAAAACUUACCGUUGGAAAGACUCUAACCAAGCGGGAAGCAAAUUUCGCAUUCCCCACACCCGUUUAAAUCGACGAAAGCUCCAGGAUUUCAAGUAAAUUGCGAAAUAAAGAAAAUUUUAAAAUAUUUCA